GAAGAGCAUUCGAGAAGGAAGGAGAGAAACCCUCGGAAGCCGCAGUGUGCGCUGGCCUAUCGUUCUUCGCCAUGGCUGCAAUUGCCAGCCACUCCCUCUUCCCUUCGCUCCGCCCCCUGACCUCCUCAAAAUCUCUCAAAACCUCCAGAUCGACAUCCGUCUCUGCCCGCCGGAACCCUAGCGCCAAAUUUUCAGCGAUCUCCACAUCCCUCAUCUCUUCCUGUCCUCCCCGGAGAUCAUUUAAGGGGCACGUCAAUGUCGCAGAUUCAACCUCAAAGACAAUUAGUGGUGAAGAAGAGAACCAGAUAUCAGAAAGCAUCAAUCAAAAAGACCUGCCAUCUAUGGGGAGUCUUAUCCAAGCUUACAAGGAGGCUAUCAUAGCAGGAGAUGAAACAACGGCUCAAGAAAUUGAGACUCUAAUAUGUACUGUGGAGAAUCAGAAAACUGUUCUAUCUGCAAAAUUUGCAGAGAUAACAACUUUGUUAGCAACUGACAAGGACCAAUAUCUCCGGAUGAAAGCUGAUUUUGAGAAUUUUAGGAAAAAAACUGAGAAGCACCGCCUUAACUUUACAUCAGAUAUUCGAGGGGAUGUAAUUGAGAGUUUAUUGCCUAUGGUUGACAGUUUUGAGAAGACAAUAAAGGAGAUAAAGCCAGAAACAGAGAAGGAAAAGAAGAUUGAGUUUAGCUAUCAGGGCAUAUACAAGCAGUUUGUGGAGGUCAUGAGAAGCUUUGGCGUCUCUGUAGUAGAGACGGUUGGCAAACCAUUUGAUCCUUCUGCUUUCAAUAUUUGAGUUGGCUACCUUCUCACUAUUCAAGGCCUGAUAUGUUGUCACCUCCACAAGCUGAAGGUCAGAUUUUAAAAGUGCGAUCGUUUUAUCCAGUAUCUCUUCCUUUGCGUGUUUCUUUCUUCUUGACUUGUCACUGCUCGAAGCUUUUGCCAAACCAUUUUGGGAAAUUCUGUUCGCUUCAUUCUGCAUUGCCUCGUGUAGAUCAGACAUCUUCUUGGAGCGUUUGUCUCAAUAGCCAAGCAAUAUCAUAUUGAAGAUUUUCCGACCUGACCUCCCCUUCAGAGAACACAGCCGACUGUUUAUUGCUCCUGCCCUCGAUCAAGUCCAGGUCCUUUCUAUUUGCACUCUAUUGAACUCUAGAAAUAUUAAUCAAAGGAUCCUUCUUCUUUGCCCCCGCCUUGAAAUCAAACAGCUGACCGUCUUUUGUCUGCAUUUGAGAUGCUGAAACACAAUUAGACUUUGAGCUAAUUCCCAACUUAUCAUUGCUAGGUAGAAACUUUUGUGCCUCUUCGACUCCGCUCUUGAAGUGCAAAGAAGGAAUGCUCUGAAAAAAUAGGUCAGGAGAUAAAGCAACGUGAUUAAAUUGAUCCUCAAAACUAUCUAAGCUGCUGGAAGAACUUGACAAAGUUUGAGGAGAAUAAUCAACAGAUGCCGGACGAGAACACAACCGUUGUUGUUAUGAGGAAUCACUACCAGAACCAUUGUUUCUGCUAUUAGAACUUGCUAAAAUAUGGUCGACAUCAAGCAGUGGCCAAGGGGACGGAGGGUACUUCUGGCCAAGGGGACUCUUCCUUGUAAGAACGGACUUCUUCGUCUAUAUCCUCUACGACAAGGUCUUCCUCGUCAAAAGCUUUGACAUCUUCUACUAUUUGCAACAUGUCCAGUUCAUUAACUUCUUCUGGGUCAAAUUCCUCCUCUAAAUCAUCUUUGAAUCCAUCCAAGUCAUCUCGGACAUUGAAGCUAUCGUUUUUCAUGGCAAAACCUAAUCGUCCCUAGAACAAAGUUUGAGUGUAACCAAAGGGAAGAAAAUGACUUUUCAUCUUUUUCAUCUUCUCUGUGAUCUUGGCUUUGCCUUGUCUGCAUAAGCAUCGCAAUUGCUCCCACAAUAUUGAUGCUCGACCUUUGAGUAUGAUGGCAACUAGUUUAAUUUUCACAGAUCGGGCACUUCCUCAUAAUAAAAAAUUCUCUCGACUUCAUUAAGCCAAUCAAUGAAUUUCUCAUUUUGUGACGUACCAGAAAACUCGGGAAGAUCAACUGGAAACCGAUAUCUCCACAUCGCUCCUUUUGGCCAUGGCUUUUGCGAUUGGGAUACAAGUUUUCAAAAUUGGAAAUUUCAGACUAUUUCAGGAAGUAAAUAAUGAUUGUGCGGAUCUCGGGAUUUCGGACUAUUUCAGGAAAUAAAUAACAAUCGCGCGGAUCUAGGGACACGUGGAGAGCAUAGGAAACAAGUGUCAGGUACGUGAACAUCCCCUUUUCGUUCUCAUUCCUCCACCUCCGUUGACACUUGAGUGUGGAGUGACUACGUCGGGGAAUCCCCCUGGCCGUUAUUCGAACCCUUAUUCUUUCAUUUUCUUCUAUCUAGGCUCCAGCCGAUCUCCCCACCAAUCACCGUUGUCACUAGGUAAUUGGCGACCAAGGUGGCUUCUAUGCCUAUUCGCCGGUGGUUUAUUCGUCUGCGUUCUCAGAUCAGCUUAUAUACAAUUUUCAAAACAUUGGCAAUAAGCAGAUAUUUAGUAUCACUAUAGCAUAAAUUUUCAACUUUUUGUUUUACUUCAUCCUCUUUAUCUCUAGUGUUCUGAAAUGUUGUCUAGGUGGGCUUAUAUAAAUCUGCCUAGGCAUUUUAGACAAGGGAUCAUAUAUUGCUAAGGCAGUUGAGUACCUAAGUUGCCUAGGCAGGCACUUUUGGAAGUCAAGUAGGUCACUUUGAUAGCUAAGCAGGCCUUCUUUUUUGUUAGAAGGAAACAAAUUUGUUCUGUUUAUUUAAUGAUAAAAAAAGGACCCUUGUGAUUAUUUUUCCAUUAAACAAGACAAUUUCUUAUGAUUGUGUAACAAUAAACAAAGUCUUAAUGUGUAGCACAUAAUGGUGAAUGUUAACUUAAAUAUUUGUUUUGUAAGUGACAUGCACUUUAUAUAUUAAUUAAAUACAUAAUACUAGUGCAUAUGAGAUUGUGUUUUUGGAGAUUGAUAGUGAAGAUGGUUUCUUUAUUUGGUGCAAUUAUUUAUAGUAUUAGUGCUUUACUGUUAUUUCAAGUUUCAAUUUUUUUAAAGGCGUAACCGUAGUUUAGUUUUAUUGAUUAUCUUCCUUAAGAUGCCAUCAAUAACAUGUUUUAUCUAAUUCUCAUAAAAGCACGUUACAACAAUACUUAUUUUCUGGAUGCUAUGUGUUAAUCAAGCAGCCAAACUCUUAGCUAAUAGUAAGUUUUUUUUUAUUAUUGUUAUAGAAAUUAAGAUGUAGGAUCUCAUGUUUGAUGGUUAAUGGCGUGAAAUAUGAAAGGUUCAUCCAUCUGUUGUCAACUAUCUUAAGAAUUUGUGAAAAUCUCUGGUAGGAAGUAAACUAGUUGUAGAAAUGAAAGAAUCAUUAUUGUAGGCGCUUCUGUUUUUCAGAUACGACUCAUUUGUUUUGUGAUCACUUUUUUUUUUCAUUCAAAGCAACACAUAUAGUGCAACUUUUAGUCUCAGAAGGAUUACCGUUGCAUUUAAUUGUCAUGCUUGUUCCUUGGAAUCUUGAAUCUUAGGAUCACAUUCCUGUUUAAUCUUUUGUCGAAGUUCUCGAUUUCUUUCUCAUUUCCCUC